GUCGGAAGCUUCGUAAGCGUUGUCGCUUGGAAGUUUGUGUUGAUCGUUCCAAGGAGAAGAAAAAAAAAAGCGUCGAAGCGUGCAUCGCAGCUAGCUAAAUAUGCCCCAAAGGCUUUGCUCUACUUAGUAAAGGAGUGUCUCCAUCGCAUUGUCGGCGCAUCGCUUGUGGCUUCACCAUGAGCGGACCUGAUGACGAGGCGCAGUGUUCAAAUACACCUCCCAGUGAACCGGAUGACCUACAGUGCGCGGAUAAACCGCUGAGAGAUAUUCUGCUGGAGUAUGAGGAGAAGUUCAAGUAUAGAUACACUGAGGAAGAUUCGAAAUACAUGGAGGUUGUGAGCAAGCCACUGCCACCGCCCCCCGUUGUCUAUCCUUGGUUUGUGCAGAAUAGGAGAUCGUUUGACAGAAGAGACAACCGCCAGGAACGUUAUGGUCGUGGUGGGGGUGACAGAGAUAACAGCUGGAACAGAGGAGGCAGGCAGUGGGAGGAUCGACGCAGAGGAUAUCAACAUUACGGCGGCGGUUAUCGUGGCUACCGAGACCGUGAAGACCACCGGCAUGGUCCUCGUGACUACAACUCAUACCAGCAAAGGCCGAGAAAAGACUACUGAUCUCAUAGUGUGGUUGUGAAAUGAAUGUUUUUGGAAAUCUCAUACAAUAAACAUUUGCUUCAAAAGUUUCAGGCACUGCACAA